CCGUCUAAAAACUAGUGCAGUUGGGUCAGUGUCGUUUUAUACGAAGUAGAGAACAGUUCUCAAUUUUAAUAUUGGGACUAGACGAACUCCCAAAAUGAAUUAGUCCAUAAUUAUUAAAGACCCAUAACGUAAAUCUAGAUACAUUGCAUGUAAUAAAUUUCUCAAAAUUUUGCAAGAUCACCAAUUUUUUUUUUCAGGUAGACUAUUUUUUUGUUUACACGUAUUGGAUUCGGAACUGGCAAGGACCGUCAUGGUGUUUACGAAUUGGCAGUUGAUUUAAGUUUGAGCCAUGUCUGGUACAGAUUCUGUAAGUGUGGAUGUGGAAACUCUAAAAGAAAAUAUUUCGGAAUUAAAAUAUGAAUUGGCACAUUAUAAAACAACCAAUGAAGAUCUGGUUUCUAAACUAGCUAAAGCAGAAAGACAAUUAUCAAAAGUCAAUGAUUACAAUGAAGAAUUAAGAAUACAAUUAGAAAAGUUAAGUAAAGAAGUUCAUCAAUACCGAAAGACAGCCAAGUUAGCAAAUGACAAACUCUCAAGCACUGUUUGUACUGGAGCAAUUGGUGUACAAGUCUGUGCAGAUGACUUUGAAAUAGUGUUUGAAUCAAAAGCCUUACCUAGUUGGGACACUCAAGAAAAAGUUGAGGAUAAUGUCAUAGACACAAGCUGUAUAGCAGAUGCUUUGAAAGCUACUGCUGAGGCUGCUUUAUAUGGACAGGCUGACUCUACAACUCACAUUGGUAAUCAAACGGGAAAAUCUUACGAUUCUACCCAGUAUGUUUAUGAUGAAACUAGUCAGAUGUAUUAUGAUUAUAAUUCAGGAUAUUACAUAGAUACUCAAAACAAUUUAUAUUAUGAUCCGAAGUCAGGAACCUAUUUCUAUUAUGAUACCACCACACAGACAUAUGAGUUUCACUCACAAAUAGAUAUAUCACAAAACCCAACCCCAACUAAACCAGUAGAAGUCCAAUUUGAUAAGAGAGGUAGGAGGGAGAAGCGUAAAACACACAAAAAGAAGAUGACUACAGAUAUUGAUGAGGAUGAGAAAAAACACAAGAAACACAAAAGAACAAGGUCUGAAAGUACAGAAACGUCAAAGAAAUCCAGAAAGAAAUCUAGAAAGGAAAAGAAGAGAGAGAGAAGUCAUGAACACAGGGAACGAAAAACCUCAGAAUCCAGAAAAGGAAGUGCGUCUAGAAAGGAAAAAACUUCUUUAGCAAAUAAAAACUAUUCCCCUGAGGCAGAGGAUGAAAAUGUGAUCAAAGAUCUUGAUGAUUUUCCCGUGAAUUCUGGAGCAGUCUCGUCUCUUCUUUCUGUACUUUUAAAAGAUAAGUCUGAACUUGAACAUAGAGAUUUGAUUGAUCCUACAUUAGAAAAAACAAAAUGUGAAAGUGAAAGUAUGGAAGUCGAUGAUAUUAUGCUACUUGAUGAAAUAACAGACUCUAAUAAAAAUACAAAUAUUGAUUCAGUGGAAAAAUGCGAACCCAAAAAACCUAAUAUUUGUACUGAAGACAAUCUCAAAGAUAGGGAAAUUGAAACGGUUUAUUCGGAGAAGGAAAUUACAGACUCUUCUGAGGUUGUAUAUGUAUCUGAUGGAGAUUCAGAUGGUAUUUGUACAGGAGAAUCAGAACUUGAGUCAGGUGAACUUUCUUCUGAUUCCUCCAGUGAUUCAGACUCAGAUAACGAUGAAGAUAUUGUGAUAGAAGGUGAUGGUACAAUUGAGAUAUUGAAUGAGUUUGUACCUUAUACUGGUGAUGAGAAAUAUCAAAUAGCAAAUGAAGCAUCAGCUAGUUGGCCUCCAUGUAUUAGAGCUAUAGUACAAGUAUCAGAUUGUUUUGAUGUAGGUGAUCUCUCUAUUAUAACAUGUACUGGUGGAAUUGUUGGUAGAGAAAAAGGCAAAAAUCAUGUUAUAAUGAUUAAUGAUCUCAAUAUAAGUAGGAAUCAUUGUAGUAUAUGGUUUGAUUAUGAUAACAAUAACUAUAUGGUUAAAGAUGAAGGAAGUCAACAUGGUACAUAUAUUAACACUACUCGUCUAUCACAGCCAAACAAAGUGAGUCAUGAAGCGGCAGUAAAUCAUGGUGAUAUAAUGAAAGUUGGUAGUACUGAGUUUUUAUUACAUAUACAUCCUGGUAAUGAUACAUGUUUAGAUUGUGAACCUGGGGAGGUCAAGGCCAGGGUUAAAAAAGAUGAACCAAAUAAUAUCGUUAUUCUGUCUGCGGCAGAGAAGAAAAAACAAAAGAAAGCUGAAUUAAACACUAUUAAAAAACGAUAUGGUUUGAAAAAUAUGGCGUAUGAGGAUAAUAAUCAGGCUAUAAAUAAUCCAGCGUAUGAAGACAAGGCUGCUGUAAGACGUAAGAAAGUUGGUAGUGAUGGACCUGGUCACAAAGCUGAAGCACCAGCUUCUGUCCAUAAACCAAUAUCUGGUAAAAAUGUUGGUCAUAAACUGUUAUCCAAAAUGGGGUGGAAAGAAGGCGAAGGUUUAGGAAAAUCAAGUUCUGGUAUAGUCGAUCCAAUUAAUGUUAAUUAUCGGUCUAAUAAAGCUGCUGGCCUGGGAUCAUCUGUAUCCAUAGAACAGCCAAUAGAUAAUAUUGAUGGUAGAAGUGUCAGAAAAGUUAACAUGUGGCGUCAAGCUCAAGAACGAUAUGAUAAAAUCGAUGAAACUCUUCGUAAAACACCACAAGAUUCUGAAAGUCAGAAUGAGAUUAAAGUGCCAGAAAGUGAAAGUAAGACAAUGUGGGUUAAAGGUGAUACUCAGAAUCCAACAGAACAGAGUGAAAAUACUUGAACUGUGUACAUUACACAGAUUAAAAAUACUUGAACUGUGUACCUUACACAAAGUUAAAUACUUAAACUGUAGUUGGUCAAUGGAAACACUUGAAAAAGAAUUGAAACAAUGUGGGUUAAAGGUGCUACUCAGAAUCUAACAGAACAGAUUCCAACUGAACAGAUUAAGAAUACUUGUGAACUGUGUAUGUUACAUAGAAUCCAACAGAACAGAGCGAAAAUACUUUGAACUGUGUCUGUUACACAGAUUAAAAACUUAAACUGUGUCUGUUACACAGAUUAAAAAUACUUGAACUGUGUACAUUACACAGAUUAAAACUACUUGAACUGUGUAUGUUACACAAAGUAAAAAUACUUGAACUGUGUCCGUUACACAAAGUAAAAAUACUUGAACUGUGUACAUUACACAGUGUAAAAAUACUUGAACUGUGUCCGUUACACAGAUUAAAAGUACUUGAAAUGUGUCUGUUACACAAGGUAAAAAUACUUGAAAUGUAGUUAGUUAAUGGAAACACUUGAUAAAUAAUUGAAAAAUUUAACAUUUUCAGUGCUACAGAGUCAUCUGUAGGGGCUAUUGUAGGGUAAUUUUGAUAUAGUACAACUGUACAAAAUACCACUAAAAUGAUAACAGUGAAAUUCAUCAAAUACUAUUAAAAAGGGAUUUAAUAGUGUGGCAAUAUAAAUCCUAUUAGUUUGUGAAUAUGCAGCAGAAACAUCUUGACAACACACUCUUUGGUUAGAGCAGUAAUUUUUUGGGGUAAAAAAGUCCCAAGAAAAAAGACAGUGAUUGAGUAUGGAUUGGGCUGAAGUGGGUCAUUGUCUUGAUUGACAACAAUUGUAUUUAUUUAUUCAUGGAUGAAUGAUUCAUAAUUACUUAUGUUGUGAAUUUAUAUCUUGUUUGAAAGUUGUAUGAUAUACAAUAAUUGUCUCAAACUAUAUAUUGUUAACCUUUUUCAUAAAAUAUUUGUAUAA